ACUGUUUUAUUCACAAUCGGAUUUACAAAUCUGAAACAUCCAGGGAGUUCAGGUGAGCAGACGACAUGGCAGAAGGUGGACAGCAAAACCAACAGCAACAACAGAAUGUAUAUAACCUUUAUUUUUCCUUGAGUAAUCUACAAUCUCAACGAGAAAAUGUACAAGCAAGGACGACAACAAAUGAGAUUGCUGCAGGAGAGAUUGGACAGAUAAAUAUUCCACAGGCAGCUGAACAACAGAAUGUCGAACAACAACAGGCAGCUGACAACGUUCAACCAGAUAAUAUCGCUGAAGGUGUUGAGGGUUUGAAUUUGUUACCGAAAAUUUCCGAGGCUUCUGAGAGUGGAACUAUUAGAAAAAAAGAUGAUCGCAAAGUUCCAGACAUUCCAAGAGAAUCUGCAAAAGAAAAAAUGGCUGAACAAAAACAAAGGCCGCUGCCCUCUCUCAACACCGCAAAAGCUGGAAAUAACCCUCUGAAGAUUUCAAUGCUGCGAAGCAGAGCAACAGCAUUGAUUGGACAGACCAAGUUUGAUAAAGCAGCAACUCUACUUGAGGAACUUGCUCAACUGCAGAAAUGUACGGAACUAGACACGGCACUCAUGAUGGUCGAAUGUUAUCUACAACUUGGAAGAGAAAAGAAAGGUGAAAAAGCCAUAGAUGACGUCAGGCGUGCAAUCAUGACAUCAUCAGUGGACGUUGAUGACGUCAAAACCUUCGCGGUCGAUUUGAUUUCGAAUUCUGCUUUCAUUCGCGCUAUUAUAUUGCUUCGGAUAGCAAGUGAUAUUUACAGGGCUCGCACAAGAUCGGCCGAUGACGUAAUAAAUGGGAUUCAACUUUGUGUCCGUAAGACAUAUAAUGCCACUGAGCCAUUGAUAGAAGCCGGUGGUCGAUCUAAAAUUAUAGGAGUAGAUUACGGCAUAGAAUACAUGACAGAGAUGCUGGAUAAUAUUCGCGAAAUAGAAAACGCUGAUCCAGUCAAUAAAGCAAAACAAGAGGCUCGGUGCUCGAAUUACAUUGGAUAUAACUAUUCACUGGCAGGUAAAUAUGAGGAAAGUAUAAAAAUACGAAAGAAUGGACUGGAGGUUUUGGAGAAACAGUUCGGGUCAAAUGCUUCAAAAUAUAAAAUCUACGGUGGAUUGCUGCAUAAUGUCGGUGCAGAUUAUUAUAAUCUGCAGAAAUACGCAGAAUCAGAAUCUUAUUAUAUUAAAGCCAUUGAUGCUCGUGAAAAGGCGUCAGAUUUUGAGAAUGAAGCUGAGAGAGGGAAAUGGAUUGAGUCGUCAAAAACUUGGCUCAAGAAAACUCUCGCAAAAUUAACCUGAUAUCCACAUCGCAUAUUCACGAUAAAUACUAAUUUACUGAAAUUAUCUCAAACAAUGAAUAAAUAUUCAAACCUUUAAUUUACAUAUGUUGUGUAAUUUGAUACUGUUCAAAGAUUUAGCAGUUUUACUUGGGUAGACCAGUUAUAAUCACACUCAAUUUACUAUAAUUAUCCCGAAAAAUAAAUCUUUCCAAAAUAUUUAAACUUUUCAUUUACAUUCAAUCAAGGCUGUGUUAUUCAAUACUGUUAAAAUAAUCAGCAGUUUUACUUGCAUUGAGGGGUCAUAUCCAUUCUCUAUAAUUUUAAGUUUCUUAUUUCAAUAGCAUGUUUUAUGAACAACUGAUCAAGCAUGGUUCACAGAUGAAGCAAUAUUUUUAAAAUAUUAUCAUCUAUGGAUCAUACUUGAUCAGGAUCGAGUUCAGCUUAUUUAAUAAUUUAACACAAUUACUUGUAUAUUUUAGUUGAUAUUUUUAACAUUGUACUCACUUUGUUGCAAUGUCACACACACUCAUUUAUGGUCGAAGUUACAGGCCACCACUAAAGUGCCAAAAGCUACUGAAACUAUAUACAAUUAUGGUGGUGCACUACACGCACUCAUAGAGAACUGAAAGAAACUGACCUAUUAGUAACACUGACAUUCCAAAAGCCCUAAAUUGGAUAGAAUUAUGAUGGUGCAUUCAUUAUACGAAAAUAAGAACCGACACUUGGUCGAUACGAUCGGGAAAACUACCAA